GCACUGUGGAGAGGAUAUUCUUGGAGGAAGAAGACUGAUACAGAAGAAACCAGAUCUCUGCGAGACAGUUUGAUCAUUGCCAAUAAAGAAAGCAAAGAAGAGAAGAAGCUGUGUAAUAGAACUGCAGUUGCUAUUGAUUAUCUUCUUAAAUAUAAAGACUUUUCUCAUGUUCUGGCAGCUUUAAAGGAUCUGGAGGUUGUAACUAGAUUAUCUCCUGUUUGUUGUGAAAAUAUGGCCCAAAGUAAAGCAGUCAGUACUAUUUUUACUUUGAUACGGAGCUGCAAUAGAAGUGUCCCUAGCAUGGAUGUUAUUAGAUAUUCUGUCCAAGUCUUGCUUAAUUUAUCAAAGUAUGAAAGGACUACUGAUGCUGUUUAUACGGUGGAAAAUUCUAUAGGAACAUUGUUGGAUUUACUUCAGAUGUACCGGGAAAGAGCUGGGGACAAAACUUCAGAAAAAGGUGGUAGCAUUUUUACAAAGACAUGCUGCUUAUUUGCUCAUCUGUCAAAGGACUCAAGGAGAGCUUCUGAGAUUCGAAACAACCAUAAAGUAGUUGCUUGCCUUCGGAGAUUGUUUAAACUUAUAGCCCGUAAACAUCAAAUGGAUGUCCAAAGAAUGCUUGCCAAACAGAAGUUAGAUGCAUACAUAAAUGGACAGAGCUCCAUUCCAGUGCUUCCUGUAAAAACAAAAAUAGUUUCACGGCAGAGGCCAGAUUGGGAUUUAAAGAAAGAUAAUAUAAGAGAGAUUGUUGAUCCACUGCAGGCCAUUGAAAUGGUAAUGAACACGCUUGGAAUUUCUUGCAAUUAAAAGAUUAAAGAGUUUAUAAUUAUGACAGUUUUCGAAAGAAAUGGACUUGACUUCUUGUAUCAAUUUACAUAUUAUGUAGUUAUUUUAUAAAUCUUGUUUACCAGUCCUUGAAAUAACUAUCAACUAAACUAAAUAUGUUACUGCAAAUUCUGAUAUUUUAUCUAUUGAAUUA